UGGCAUUUCGAUCUUCGGCACCCUUGCUUCGGUGCUCCACACCCCCCCGACCCCCCCCGGCCGGCCCCUUCCUUCAUCGUAUUUCACUUUUCACAUAUUUCUCAACCUACUCCAUUUUUAAUUUUUCAUUUUUUUCCCCCCGACCGAUUCUUUCAAAACCCCUGGAUUUCCGUAUAACCCUAUAACAUUAAUCGAUCACUAGUUCACUCGUUUCCCACCCCCAACGAUGCAUGUUUGAUGUAUAUGCGUAGCUUUGGACCUUCUGAUUUUUGUCCUAGCGAUGAUGAUGGGUUCCGUUUGAAUUUGCAUCAGAGCUCAUAAGAAGACAUGUCGAAAUUGUUCACCAGGAUUGCUGGGUUCUUUACCAGCCGAACGUUCGUGGGUAGGGACAAAGCAGGGAACAGAUACUUCACCAGAACGGAAGAGGUUGACGGUAUCAUGAAAGAAAAAAGAUGGGUGAUAUUCAAAGGGGAGGAGGAUCCAACGUCCAUUCCAGUUGAAUGGAUAUGCUGGCUGAACGGGCAGCGCAGAAAAGCUCCAACUCCAGAGGAAAUGAUUGAGCUGGAGGCAAGGCGUGAACGCAUUAGACUUAAUGUUGCUCUUGUCAAGAAAGAAGAAGAGGAAAGGAGAGCCAAAGAAGGGAUUUCCCGUAAAGUCAUGAACACUGGUAAAGUUGGAGGUCCAGAUUUGAAGAGUUUCGUUAGGCAAUUUCCAUCUGCUUCAGAAGGUGACAGACUGAAGAAAGCUUCUGAUGUGAGGGAUGAUGGCAAGAGGAAUUCUGAGGGGGCAGAAAAGACAUUACCGUUUCAAGAAGAAUCUUCAGAGCCAACAGGGUCUGGUGCAUCCUUUAGGCCCGGGACAUGGCAACCACCGACAUGAUGGUUAUUCAAAGCUAAUGAACCGUACGAAGACAUUAAUCCUUGCUGCGCUUAAUUGCCCUAAUGCUUCUGGUUUAGCCACUGAAGUAACUUCUCUGAUAAAAGUCAAGAUUCUUACAUGAAGCUUAUUAUGCAAUCUCUCGCAUGUAUCCCUCUCAUUCAAUGCAUGUAGAAACUUUAUUCUUGAAAAUUUUGGUCAUCAAUAUAAAAUCAUCAUUAACAAUUUGAAA